GAUCGGAAGAUUGAGGAGCUUCGCCAGUCCCUCAAUCGCUACAAGAAGGUGCAGGAUAUGGUCAUUUUGGCUCAAGGGAAGAAAGGCAAGGAUGAUGAUAGCGAGGAAUCUGAGAGCCCAGCAUCCGUUUCCUCCAUUUUGUUGGAACCACAGAAUCUUAGUGAAGCUGAGAAAAGUCCCUCUUCUACCCCGCUGUUGCGUUCUCCAAACCACGAAGACUUGAGCACAACAGAUCCCGAAGAGCGAGAAACACCAGCCGAUGAUUUGCCUAGAAACCCAGCUAAGUGAUACAAAAAUUUCAGCUCUACAAAAAUCUAGCAGUCUUGGAAACUUGAAGAAAGACUCCUCAGAGCGAUCUGGACAUGCCGUUUGCUAAGUGGAGGAAAGAGCAAAUUUGCACCUGGCUUCAGGAACAGGGGCUGGGUUUUUACAUCGGCAAUGGAAAACAUUGGAUUCUGUCCGGUCAGACUCUCUUGCAAGCAUCCCAGAGUGAUUUAGAGAAGGUAAGACAUUUAUUUUCUCCCUCCCUCCACCCAGACGCAAAUAACAUCACCCCAUCAGAGGUUUCCCAAUGGACCAAUCAUCGAGUUAUGGAGUGGUUGCGUUCUGUCGAUCUGGCCGAAUACGCUCCUAAUUUAAGAGGAAGCGGAGUUCACGGGGGUUUAAUGGUUCUGGAACCUCGUUUUAACGUAGAGACCUUGGCGCAGCUGCUUAACAUCCCUCCCAACAAGACGCUACUGAGAAGACACUUGGCUACCCAUUUCAACUUGCUGAUUGGGAGUGAAGCUCAACAGGAAAAACGCGAAGCCAUGGAAGCUCCCGAUUAUGUCCUUCUCACCGCUACUGCCAAAGUGAAGCCAAAGAAACUCACCUUCAGUAACUUCGGAAAUUUGAGGAAGAAGAAGCAGGACGACGGAGGGGAAGAGUACCUGUGCCCCAUGGAUUUGGGUCAGGUGGCAGGAAGUGGAUCCAAGAAGGGCUUUAAGCCGGGUUUAGAUAACAGAGUCUACGAUGAUGAUGAUCUGGACAGAUUGGAAGAG